UCAGGGAUACGGCGACCAAUCGGGAGCCGCGUGGGCGGGCCGUGCAACAGGCUUCGCUUCGGCCCCCGUGGAGCGCAUCAAACGCGAUCGGGUCGGACCGCGGAGGCCGGCGAGAAGUUGUGCGGUUUUAUGCUUUCCUGUUUUUUUUGGGGUAAACAAAUAAAAGGGUUGGUCAUCAAAACGUAAAACAAGAAAGAGUCAAGUUUGCUCUGGUUAGUUUUUAAAAAAAGUAGUCGUCGUUAUUUGAGGCCGCGGUAUGGAUGAGGUACGGCCUACCAGCGGUGCUCAAGCCCAGGGGCUGGCGUCACUCUUCCCCCCCGGACUGCAGGCCAUCUACGGGGAAUGCCGCCGCCUUUACCCGGACCAGGCCAACCCGCUCCAGGUCACCGCUAUCGUGAAGUACUGGUUAGGGGGUCCAGAUCCUUUGGACUACAUCAGUAUGUACAGGAAUGUGGGCUGUCCAGCUCAGGACGUCCAGGAGCAUUGGCACUAUGUCAGCUUUGGACUGAGUGACCUGUAUGGCGACAACAGAGUUCAUGAAUUCACAGGGGCGGAGGGACCCAGUGGUUUUGGCUUUGAGCUGACGUUUAGACUGAAGAGGGAGGUGGGGGAGACUGCGCCACCCACCUGGCCUGCUGAGCUGAUGCAGGGCUUGGCUCGCUAUGUCUUCCAGUCAGAAAACACGUUUUGCAGUGGCGACCAUGUAUCGUGGCACAGUCCGCUGGACAACAGCGAGUCACGCAUCCAACACAUGCUACUAACAGAGGACCCACAGAUGCAACCUGUUCAAACCCCCUUUGGCGCAAUCAGUUUUCUUCAGAUUGUGGGCGUAUGCACAGAGGAGCUCCAGGCGGCCCAGCAGUGGAACGGGCAGGGCAUCUUGGAGUUGCUGCGCGGAGUCCAUGUUGCUGGCGGCCCCUGGCUAAUCACGGACAUGAGAAGAGGGGAGACAAUUUUUGACAUUGAUCCACAUCUACAACAGGAGAGAGUAGACCAGGGCAUUGAGACUGAAGGCUCCAACCUGAGCGGGGUCAGUGCCAAGUGUGUGUGGGACGACCUAAGUCGACCACCAGAGGACGAAGAGGACAGCAGAUCUAUAUGCAUAGGAUCACAGCCACGCAGGCUGUCAGACAAAGACACAGAACAAAUCAGGGAGGCCCUGAGGAAGGGACUAGAGUUCAACAGCAAGGCAGCCCUGCCACCCAUCAGCAGCCAGAAACAGAGCCAUGAGAGACCUCAGAGUCGAAAGGACAGUUUGGAAAGCGAGAGCUCGGCGGCUAUUGUUCCUCAUGAGCUGGUGCGGACACGGCAGUUGGAGAGCGUCCAUCUGAAGUUCAACCAGGAGUCAGGCACUCUGCUGCCCCUCUGCCUGCGGGGUCGACUGCUCCACGGAAGACACUUUACCUACAAGAGUAUCAACGGGGACACGGCGAUUACGUUCGUGUCCACGGGAGUGGAAGGAGCCUUCGCUACGGAGGAGCAUCCAUAUGCAGCCCACGGGCCCUGGCUUCAGAUCUUGUUGACCGAAGAGUUUGUGGAGCAGAUGCUUGGGGAUUUACAGGAGCUCAAUACUCGGGAAGAGACAAAGUUACCGAAGGAGUAUAGCUGGCCCGAGAAGAAGCUGAAGAUCUCUGUCCUACCGGACUCCGUGUUUGAUAACCCGCUGCAGUGAGACCUGUGCCCCUUAAGUACGCCUUUGUCCUAACUAAGAACGCACACACACACACACACACACACACACACACACACACACACACAAACAUAUCUUUACUCCCAUCAAGACCAAGUUGGGUCAUCCCGGGACAACAUGAACCCUGAUCUGUCGAGGGUCUAGGAUCUCGUCUCGCAUUAACGGACAUCGAGACUGCCUCCCCGAGACCAUCCUCAGACUGGACCGUGCCGGUGAAACGAAGAAGGAAGAUUUGGGGAUGGUCCCGACAGAUGAAGUGUUGAGCAGAAGACUGUCGACUCUUCAAUGCCUUGUCAGACAGACCUCGCCGUCUGUCUCUUAGCGUAGUUACCCGAGGUUUGGUCAGUCAACCUCAGACCUGCCUCUCGCAGAACAGUGACCCCGGCGGUACAACCGUUGUUGUUGUUGACUGAAGGUCUCUGGUCCAAGAUAUACCUUGGAAGUCGUCACUAACGGAGCGAAGAGGGGUUGCACUCGUCUAGAAGCAGUAGUCGUAUUUAUUCCGAGGUCCAUUAAAAAGGGCACCUGAAUCUCGUCAGCGGUCUUUUCAAAUUUGUUUUUUUUUUGUUUUGUAUGUGGUAUUUUCAAAUGCUGGACAUUUCUUUCGUGUUUUUGUUGUGGUCAUACCAAAGUUAACCUGUCGUGUUCGCCACUGUGCUGCCUGUGCUGUCUUUCUCCCCGCCACCGUUACUCUGGAACGUUAGACGCUGCGGAAUGGACCUUUAUUCGCAACCCAUCUUUUUGUAAAUGAUAAUCAAAUGAGCACGUUGUUUCUACUGUCCUCACGUGACCUCUUAUCAACAUUACAGACACUCCCCCCCCGUGCAGAGAACCUGAAAUGGCUACUGAGUAGUUUUUUUUUUCUGUAUUGCCGUUGUAUCGCCUCCCAGCAAGAAGGUCCUGGGUUCGAGCCCCGGGGUAGGCCAACCUUGGGGGUCGUCCCGGGUCGUCCUCUGUGUGGAGUUUGCAUGUUCUCCCCGUGUCUGCGUGGGUUUUCUGCGGGGGCUCCGGUUUCCUCCCACAGUCCAAAGAC